GGCUUUUUAAAAUUUGAGCUAAAGCCGAACAGUUCGUCUACCCAGAUGUAUCUGCCAAAUGACCCUUAUAUCAAAAACUGUAUCUCCGAGGGACAAUUGAUGUGCGGUCUAUCUGGUGAUAAUCGAACAUCUGAACAGCCUGGUCUAACUGCAUUACACACCGUGUUCCUGAGAUACCACAACCAAAUUGCUACAUCUAUAUUCCAGAUUAAUCAACAAUGGACCGACGAUCGUCUGUACGAAGAGACAAGAAGAAUUUUAGGCGCGAUAUUUCAGAUAAUAACUUACAAUGAGUAUUUACCAGCCAUUCUUAGCCAGUCAACUCGAGAUGUAUAUGGCUUAGAUUUAGAAGAUGAUGGGCAUAAGAACAUGUACAACCCUUUUGUCAACCCAUCUGUGCUUAAUGAAUUCUCGACAGCGGCGUUUCGGUUCGGCCAUAGUCAAGUACCAUCAUCUAUUUCCCGUGUCAAUAAGUACUAUGACCCUUACCAGCCGCUUCUUCUUCGAUUUGCGUUUCACAAUGCGAGUGUAGUGUAUGAUGAGGGGAAUGGUGGAAUUGACGGAAUUCUGCUAGGCCAGAUUGUUACUCCUUUGAGUAAGACAGACGAGUCACUUUCAGAGGAAAUCACUGACCAUCUUGUACCGCGGCCAAUCGACGGGCCUGGACGGGACCUAUUCUCCAUAAACAUUCAACGUGGCCGUGACCAUGGCCUUGCAUCCUAUAAUCAUAUUCGCGAAGCAUGUGGUCUCAAGAAGGCUCGAAAUUUUGACGAUUUUGUGGAUUACAUUGAACCACCGACGAUUGAGAAACUUAAACAGGCAUACAAGCACGUGGACGAUGUUGACUUGUUUCUGGGAGGGUUGUGUGAAACAUCCGUUAGCGGAGCUUCAGUUGGGCCUACAUUUUCUUGCAUCAUUGGCGAACAGUUCCUGAGAUUGAAAUAUGGUGACUAUUUUUGGCAUGAACGUGGUGAUAUUCGUAGCAGUUUUACAUAUGGACAGUUGCAGGAGAUGCGGAAGGUCACGAUGGCACGCGUUCUUUGUGACACCCUUGAAGAUGUUUGGCGAAUUCAACCAGACGUCUUCCACCUUCC